UUCUUAAAAAAGUAUUAAAGAGUUCUGAAUUUAUAUAUACAACAAAGUCGAUUAUUCUUGUUCAGGCUCUAUGUUGAAGACUUGAAGAGAGACGUUGGAAAGUUUGGAAUUUCCUAGUGUGUGUGUCAUAGUACGUUACCAAGUAAAUGAUGUAAAUAGAGAAAAGCUUCUAUCUUGUUAUGAGAAGCUUGGGGUCUUCUCUUACUUUAAAGCGGAAACAAUCUUUGCUCUUUGCCAAUAAAUUUUCCUUCACUCAAUCAUUGUUCAAACGUAAACACCAACUAUGCACCUCACAAUCCUGCUUUUCUUCCUACACUCCCAUUGUGGACAAAGACAAAGCUUCACUUGUCUCCGCACUUACUUUCUCCGCAAACUCGAAGUCUGUUAUUCUUGGAAGCCAAGUUCAUGGCCAUAUAGUUAAGUUAGGUUUCUCAAAUGACACAUACUCACUAAAUAAUCUGAUUAAAAUGUACUCAUAUUGUGGAGUUUUGAGUGAAGGACUUCGGGUGUUCGGCGAAAUGCCUGAGAGAAACCUUGUUUCUUGGACUCUGAUUAUUUCCGGCGCAAUUCAGAAUGAUGAUUAUAAAAUGGCCCUGGGAGUGUAUCUGGACAUGAAGAGAAGUGGGUUGAUGCCGAAUGAGUUUGCUAUUGGCAGUGUGAUGAAGGUGUGUACUAGUAUGGGUGCCACUGAAUUGGGUUUGUGUGUGCACUCUUUUUCUUUGAAAAUUGGAAUGGAAAAAAACCCAUUUGUGGCUAGUUCUGUUCUACACAUGUACGCUAAUUGUGGGAUGAUUGAAGCAGCCAAGCGGGUGUUUGAGUGUAUAGAUGGUUUGGAUACAGGUUGUUGGAAUGCUAUGAUUGGAGGAUAUGUGCAAUGUGGCCACGCCUAUGAAGCAUUGCAGACUGCUUCUUUGAUGCAUUGCAAAGGAAUGAUUAUGGAUAGAUUCACCUUCAUUAAUGCUCUUAAGGGGUGCUCGGUUGUUGGUGAUCUAAAUUUUGGAAGACAGGUUCAUGGAUUGAUUGUUCAGAGCAACGUAAAACUGAAUACUUCAGUGAUCAAUUCUCUUAUGGAUAUGUAUUUUAAAAAUGGUGAAAAGAGCCUUGCUUUGAAGCUUUUCAGUAAAAUGCAAGAUAAAGAUGUUGUCUCAUGGAAUACUAUGUUUGCAGGCUAUUCUCAUGAUGUGGAUGCAAGAGAAGCUGCAGGUUUGUUCAAUAAUUUUAUGUGCACACCCUUGAAGCCUAAUUAUGUUACUUUCUCCGUCUUUUUUCGACUAUGUGGGGAGGGCCUUAAACUUGAUCUAGGGCUUCAGUUUUUUUCUCUUGCUUUUCGUUUUGGAUUUCAUGGUGAACCACAUGUUGUGAGUUCGCAAAUUAAUAUGUUCUCUAGAUGUGGGGCACUGGAAAUGGCACGUGUAGUGUUCGACAGUAUACCUUUUAAAAAUAUAAACAAUUGGAAUGAGAUGAUAUCUGGGUAUAACUUGAGCUGUGACUUGGAAGCCCUUAAGCUUUUCCGCAUCUUGUGGGAGUUUGGAGUUGAAGCAAAUGAGUGUACCUUCUCUAGUGCCUUAGAAGCUUGCUCUAAGACUGGCAAAGUAGAAAUGGGUAGACAAAUCCAUGGCGUUAUAGUUAAAUCUGGCUUUGCCUCGCAUGGAUAUGUCUGUGGCUCAUUAAUUAAAGGUUAUGUAAAAUUCAGACUUUUAGAUGAUUCUUUCGAGUUCUUGGAUGGGCUUGAGAAGUUAGAUAUGGUAUCUUGGGCUGUUAUGAUUUCUACCUUGGUGCGUCAAGGCUGUAUCUGUGAAGCUAUCAACAUACUAAACCGUCUAAAAGAAGGUGGUGAGGAACCUGAUGAGUUUAUCCUGGCCAGCAUUUUUAAUGGUUGUGCAAGUAUUGCCUCUCAUCAUCAAACUAAAUCUGUUCAUUCACUAGCUAUCAAAAUAGGAUUUGAGACAAAUGUAUUUGUUGCCAGUGCAAUUAUAGAUGCUUACGCAAAAUGUGGUAACAUUGAAAGUGCAAGGACUGCGUUUCAUCAAUCAUCCAGAUUUCAUGAUGCAGUUCUUUUUAAUACUAUGAUCAUGGCUUAUGUCCAUCAUGGUCUUGUUAAAGAAGCUAUGGAAAUGUUUGAGAAAAUGAAGUUGGCUAAUCUACAGCUAAAUGAAGCCACUUUUGUGUCGGUUAUAUUGGCUUGUGGUCAUAUGGGCGUUGUUGACCAAGGCUGGAAUUUCUUCAAAUCUAUUACUGUAGAUUAUGGGAUGGAACCAUCACCUGAUAAUUAUGGUUGCUUAGUUGAUUUGUUGUCAAGAAAUGGAUUCCUUCAAGAAGCUAUUUGUGUAAUCGAGGCGAUGCCUUUUCCACCUUGGCCAGCUAUUUGGAGAUCUUUGCUUAAUGGUUGUAGGAUACAUGGGGAUAGUGUGUUGGGAAAGAAGGCUGCUGAUAAGUUACUCCAAUUGGUUCCCAACAAUGAUGCAGCCUAUGUAUUGUUGUCGAACAUUUAUUCUGAAGAUGGUAAUUGGGACAGUGCUGCAAAGGUGAGGAAGGGAAUGAUAGCAAAAGGAGUUCGAAAAGAAUCAGGUUGUAGUUGGGUUGAGAUUCAGUAGAAGGUCCAUAUCUUUUGACUUGUAAGCUUCUAACUGACUACAUUUCGGAAAAGCUAAUUGAAUGCUGAUGAUACUAAUUUCCAUCAAUAACAAGUCACUGGUUGCUGUAGUGAAAGGUUCUAGUCUCAACAUAUGAAGUGAAGUGUUCAGGAAAACCAUAUACUGGAAAUUUUCUCAGAAAGCUCCAUGAUGUUGUGCUACAGCUCAAGGAUGCAGGGUCAAUUGUUCCAAAUGAUGCAACAGUGAGAGAUCAGGACAACAGAAUUAACCUGUCAAAUGAAUCUCAAUAUUCUAGAAGGUCAUGCUGCAACAACUAAAAUGUACCUGGCCAUUAGGAGUUGUUCGGCUAUUGAGGACAUGGAAAGGAAGUGACAGACGACAAUCCACCACAAACAUAGUCGGGUUGCAAGAGACUUGGGCAUUUUGUUGGGAUCAAGUGUAUAUUAUCUUUUGUUAUAAAUCAUGUUAAGUGAUAUUUUUUAUCUAAACCAUGGAUGGAAAUGGUUUUGAGACUAUCUUCAUGAUCUCAUUGUGAUUUCAACAUCCAUGUAAGGCCUUAAGGCCAUAAUUUUAAUGUAUUACAGACUUGUUUAAGUUUAGACAAUAUA